GGAGCGGCUGUGUUUUCUGGCAUUAAUAAUCGGGUAGGGAGAUGAUGGCAUUAUUAAUCGGAAAAUGAUGUUUCAUGCCGGACAUACAAGGAGUAUCUCCAGACCUGCGAGGAAUUUACAAGCUGUUCUAGCGUAUAAAAGAAGUAUCGGUUGCUGUUGAAGAAAAAAAUGCUUGCCGUGAUCUAUUCGUGCAUAUACUACAUUGGUUCAGAAUUGAGAAGUAAGAAAACAAAGAAGUCGUCUUCGAAGUCAAAGUCGAAGCUGAAAACCAAGAACACCCCCGAAAUAAACAACAAAAACAAACUGCAACAAUGACAGCAACUUUAGCCAACAGUAACCUAUUCAAACCCAUCAAGGUCGGCCCGGUCGAGUUGAAAAACCGUCUUGUGCAUGCGCCAACCACCAGGUUCAGAAACACCGACGAGUUUGUGGCCACGGACUCGAUGCUUGACUACUACACCGAGAGGGCCACCGACAACGGCGGUCUGUUGAUUGUCGAGGCGACGUUUCCGUCGCCGGAGUUCGGGCUCUUUGAGCGUGCUCCGAUGAUCAAGACCCCGCAGCAAGUGAAGGCGUGGCGGAGAAUCACCGACUCGGUCCACGCCCAGGGGUCCUCGAUCACCCUCCAGCUCUGGAACUUGGGCAGAGUGGCCGACCCUGCUUUGUUGCAGAAGCACAACCUCCCAUUUGUGGGGCCCUCUGCGAUCUACCUCGACGAGGCGUCCGAAAAGGCCGCCAAGGAAGCCGGAAAUGAGUUGAGGGCUAUCACAGUCCCUGAGAUAAAGGCGAUGGUUGCAGAGUACGCCGCAAGCGCCAAAAGAAGCAUCGACGAAGCUGGGUUCGAUAUGAUUGAGAUCCAUGCAGCCAACAUGUACUUGCCAGACCAGUUCUUGCAAGAAACGUCGAACACCCGGACGGACGAGUACGGCGGGUCGCUUGAAAACCGGGCAAGGUUCAUCUUGGAGACCGUGGACGCAUGCAUUGCUGCAGUCGGUGCAGAGCGUGUUGCGAUCCGGUUCUCCCCUUACUCGGAGUUCCAGGGCUCCUUGGGAGCCCAUGCCGAAACCAACCCCAUUGUCACCUGGGGCUAUGUUUUGAGCGAGUUGGAGAAAAGAGCCAAGCACGGCAACCGGUUGGCCUACAUCUCGAUUGUUGAGCCACGGGUCUCAGGGACUGACGAGCACCCGGACACAGACCCUGUCGACUUCUCCUGGCCCGACCACAUCUGGAGGGGCAUUCUACUCAGAUCGGGCGGAUACCUCAGCAAGGACGCCAUUGCUCGGCUGCCCGACGUGGUCAAUUCGAACAACCAUACGUUGAUUGGGGCUGGGCGCUACUUCUCCUCCAACCCAGACCUGGUCAACAGGGUCAGAAACACCCUGGAGAUGACGCAGUACGAGAGAAGCACUUUCUACACUGUCGGCAACGUCGGGUACUUAGAUUUCAGAGAGUCUGGCCAACCGCUAGACCAUUCCAAGGACCAUCUCGUUCCAAAACCGUUGGCAUGAGUGCGUUGCUAGAAACGAUAGAUGAAUUUUAUGAUAGUUUUGCUUUAUAUGUAUUUGUACGCUAAGAGCUUAUUUAAUGGUAAACGAACAGAGAUGAACAUACUAAAUAGAUACUUGCGGGA